AUGGCCGAUAACGGGGGUCGUAGUGAUAGCCCCAGUAGCACUGCGCCCGACGAUGACGACUCUCAGCAGGGACAUGGGCAUUUUUUUGUCAAGAAAACCUUCCACAAGCCAACAUAUUGCCACCACUGCACGGAUAUUCUUUGGGGCUUGAUCGGUGUCGGUUACGUGUGCGAAGGUAAGUAACAUUUCGAUCCCUAUGGCCCCACAAGCUACCCAGUGUCCAUCGUUUGACCAAACCGUUUUGUCAGCCACCUCAUUAAUUUAUUCCGAAGCUCUAUUUAUCCAUAAUAAUAACAUGUUCUACAUUUUAUAACCGCGGUACGGCUGAAUUUUAAUAGUGUUUUCGUUUUUCCCACCUCCUUUCGUUGGUUUACCGUUAUUUAGGUCUCGGAUAUUGUGUUUUUUUGAGGUGAGGUCGAAAAGGGAAACCAUGUUCGCCUGACCAUUGCUGCGUCUGCUGCUGUUAGCCUAGGACUAGGCAGGCGAGCCGCGCAUUGAUGGGGAGAGCAGGGAUGCUAUUUUGUGUGUGGUGUGGGGGGGGGGCGCUAAGCGUUGCUGCUAUGGAGGAGACGUAGAAUUUCGUGUACGAGCCCUAUUGACAAUCAAUAGCAUUUAAUUUGGGAAUAAUUUAUCUUAUUUUUAAUGUACAAUUAAACAAACCCCGCGAUUUUUCGUUUCCUUUUGUCAUUCCUCCCAACCCCAUGUUUUCGACCAGGGAGUCUCCUGGAGUUCCUUUUGCACUCUCAUUUACUCUGGACUAGAGCUGGUGAGAGGACGUGUGUGAGGAUGGGUGAUUCAAAAAAGAUGACAGUGGCUUAUUGAUUUUUUGGGUUUGAGCUGGAUAGGGAUGGCUGGACUGAAGAAUGUACAGCAUUCAGAAUUGUUAGUAUAUCAAGGCACAGGGGAAUUUUUUCUUUAAUUAGCCUACUUUUAUUCCUAUCCUAUCCUAUGGGUUUGUAGUAUGUAGGCAUAGGCAUAACAUUAGGCUCUUGUUCAGUGAGAGUUAGAUGUGCAGUGGCUGUAAAGCUUUGCAGAUUUUGUUAUGCCUAAUAAGUAUUUACAAGCCUAUAAUUAUAUGUAAUAAAUUCUUCUGCUAUUUUUAAUUCCAUAAAAUGUAAUAAAACUUAACUAAAGUACUGAUUACUGAUUACAUUUAGGUUUGACUCCAUUAUAAAGUAAGUUUUCAUUUUUUGUAAUAAAAACAAAGUAACCCAACUGCAAUAAAACUUAAACUAAACUAAAGUUCUGAUGACUGUUUAGGUUUAACUCCUUUAUAAAGUAAGUUUUCAUUUUUGUCUAUAAAAACAAAUUAACUCAACUGCAAUAUGUAUCCAUAUAUUUUUUUUUGCUUCUAUACAUUUUCAAAAUAAUGUACACUUUUAGGUAGGAACAUGUCAAGCAAAAGAUUUGCCAGUGGCAAUGCUUGUAUUAAUACAAAUCUCUUCCCAAAAUAUUAACACCCUUAUUUUACAUGAAAAACUUUGAUUUUGACUCCCUCUAAAGAUGGUGCAAGGCUUUGGUUUUUCUUUGCAUUCUAAAGAUGGUGCAAGGCUCUGGUUUUUCAUUGCACUGCCCUGCUUUUAGGCUGUUAAGUGUCAUUAUUUCAUGUUAAUACAUUGCUGCUUUAUUGACCUUUCUUAAUGAUAAUGUAUUAUAAACUUUGAACAAAAAUUUAUGAAUUAUUGAUUAAAAACAAGGGUUUAUGUGCUUGCUUAUAAUAUUGAUAGCAACUAAAUUAAGGCAGUGAAUUUAAUAAGUUAUACGUUCCCCUCAAGUCUCUAUGACUAUGGAGCUUUUCCUUCAUUUCCUGGUGUCUUAUUUUACAAAUGGCUACAUCGUGCACAAUGAAUUUAUAAAUGUCUAUGAAUAUUUAUAAUACUUGCAAUUUAGACCUCAAAAUUUGAAGCAAGUCUAAUUUCAAUUUGCUUGCUUUGUUCUUUUUUAUUUUCUUUAGCCAAAGAGUAAAUUCCUUCUUAAGUAUUAAAAUAAAAUACUUAGCAAUGCUCUAGGAAUGGAAUGUAACUAAAUAUAAACAACAGGAAUCAUAUGGUUCAGGUAUGAGGACUUGAAAAUUUAGCCUAUCAAAAAAAUAGACCUUUUUUUUUAUUCAUCAGAAUGUCAGCAAUAGUGAGUAUAUUAAUGUUUUGCUGUCUUAUGCAAUGCUCAAUAGCAUUUCUGCUUUGCUAGUUUUCAGUCCCUACUGGAAUUAUUAAGUUGCACACAGUUUACUGACAUUGAUGAUAAACUGCUACUGCCAAAUGAUUGGAUAGCAUUAAUGCAUUACCACUUCACUUUUGGCUACAUAAAAUUCACAACUGUUAUGCAAUAAAUAAUGCACCUCCAUUGCUAGAAAAAGACACAUAACAUUUAAGGAUCACAAUAUUUUUUCUUUUCUUUCAAAUAGAAUUGUAUUCCAUGGUUUCCACAAAUUGAAAGUGUGAAGUCUUUCUUGCCUCUGCAUUACUUAAUCAUAUCAGGGAAAGCAUGCUUCUACAUAGUCUUAUUAUAAUACAGAUAUGUUAGAUUAUUUACAAGUAAAAUACUUGUCUGUUCUUUAAAAAAGCAGUGUUUAAAAAAAAAGAAAUUAUAGUCUUUAGCAACUUUUAAAAAACUAGCUAAUAUAUAAUAUAUAUUAUAUAAGAAAGAGCCAAUGUAGAUGUGUCACACUCGGAUUUUUAAAAACAGUUCAAAGUUAUUUUGUAUUAUUUUCCAUAAUCUAAACACUUAAUACGCUCAGAUUCUUAAUUACAGUGAUAAUGAUUUGUUUAUUGUUUAAAGGCAAUGGAAUCAAUUUAAGUUUGAUCAAAUAAAUAUGUUUUUAUGCAAUUAUAAGUAAUCUUAAAUAUGUAAGUAUUACUAUUAUAAAUAAAUUUAAUAUAAUAAUUCUUUUCUUUGUAGUUCAGGGGCGUGAAGAAAGGUUGGGUGUGCUCAUAUUGUAUAGAGCAGUGGUCUGCAAACUCACAAGUAAAAAGAGCCAAAAAUCAGCAGCAGGACAAUUUUAAAAAAUUUAGAGCCAAAUUUCUUUUCAAGAACCUGUCAAGAGCCAUGUUUUUCAGAGUCAAAACCAAUUUGUGGCUUACUCACCGAACCGCACUCAGAUCGCUAAAGAGCCGCACGCGACUCGCAUUUGUCGACCACUGGUAUAGAGGAUAAACAUUUAUUUAAAACCAGUGAUGUUAGAAAUGUAAAAAUGUUUCAUAAGAUACUUCUUUUUAAAAAGGGGAAAGUCUUAUUUACUAUGUCCUAAAUGUACAUUUCAAGUUGUGGGAAAUGUUUGUAAUUGUUCUUUGAGGCUACAAUAUCUCAAAACCUGAUACAGUUAUAUUCAUAAAAUGAGUAGAUAUAUUCAUAAAAUGAGUAGAUUUUGAGACUGCGCAAUAGCAGGUAGCAAGUAGCGCAAUGUGCAUUCCAUUUUUAGCCCAAUGACACAUCUUCUAGUUACUGUGUAGGUAAGCAUUGUUCAUUAUCAUCUAUAAUUUCAUUUUAAAAUGGGUCAUAGUCAUAAACAAUGAUUUCUAAAAUGUACACUUACAUGUACACAGUCUGAGAAAAUUAGCUCAGCACACACUUUUUGUUCUUGCUGGAAUUUUCUGGUUCUGAUUGAUCUUGUUCAAGGUAUCAAAUUAACUAAGCUAUUAAAAAAAUUAUUUUAAUUGAAGAAGAAACUUGAUUUCAACUUGAAUUAAAAUUAAAACAUAUAUGACACAUGACAAUAUCUUUGCUAUGAACUUCAAUGAUAACAUUUUUUUUUUGUGGAAAAAUAUGUUAACAGUCAAUUAACCUACUUAAUUAAUACCCCUUGUAGCAUCGUUUAAAAUCCAAAUAAUGAAAACAAAUAAAGGAACGCCAUCAUUUUCUGUCACAGUUUGAUGUGAUAAACAUAGAUUUGACCUAAUGUAUAAGCUAUAAAUUUAUUUAUUAAAUUCAAUGGAAAAAUGUUUCUUACUUUAUGCUUCUAAUAAUUUUUGCACUGCCUAAUAAGUUGCCAAAAUGGGGAUGUGAUGUUUAUUAAAAGUAAUCAAUAUUAUUUUUAAUCCAGGUGUGAUUCAUGACCCACGAUGUUGUGGGAUACAUUCCAAUGUCAUUUAUUAAAGCUGUAAAAUCAUCCGCUUAAAGACAUUGUCACCUAGAAUGAACAUCCAAGGAUUAAUGUAGUGAUUUUUUUUUUUUACAUAAAAAUUACACAUUCAACGCGGAAGUUUAAAAAAUUAGAAAUGGUUUAUUUUUAUAUGUCUUUAAGUUCAGUUAGUCUAAACCACACAUAUAAAAGUUUUGGUUGAAAGCGAUUGCAAAACAAAUUUUUAUUCUUUAAAAAUUAGUAGUAACGCUUGAAAUAAAAGUACUAGUUUUGUGUAGGCUUUUAGCUAGUGUCUCUUUUUUUUUCUUUUUUUUUUUUGGGGAAAUAUUAUUGUAGGAUGUGUAAAUCAAGCUAUUAUAGUUCCUACACUGCUUAUUUUUGAGGUUGAAAUGAUGUGUGGCAGUAGGCUCUAAUUGGUUGACAUAGGGUUUCAUAUGCCUUCAAUGACACUUUAAAUUGAUUUUACUAGAUGUUUUCAAGCCCCCGAAAAUUAAAUAUAUUAAUUUAAAGAAUAACAAAUUUAUAACACUUACAAAUAAUAAAGUGAUUUACAAUGAAUAACUUUAUAUGCAAGUAAAUUUCUUUCAGCAAUAAAACCCCAAGCAAUAAUUUCAUCUUAUUUGCAUUGUCCACUGUAAUAUUUUACAGCUGAGUGUUAUCAGUGAAGAAAUUAAUUCAUAGAAUACAAUAUUAUCUUUCAUUAUACAUGCAUUGUUCUUUUUGUACAGUUUCUUAUGCACAAUAAUCAACCAUGUAUGAAGGUACUUGAUUGUUGUCAAAAAGUGGUAUUUUGUGAUAUAUAUAUUAACAAGUUUAAAUAUCACAUUAUCCCAUUCUGGAUACUACAUGUACAGUAUGUAUCUAUGUAUAUUCCUGGAUUGUUGGAGAUGGAUCAGCAUUGUUUUACAGCAUUUGUACCCCAUUGCUAAAUGCCAUGUGCAUUGCAUAUGAUAAUGAUAAAAAUUACAGUUGAGCAUUAUUUACUGUAAAUAAGAAUGAGAUGAUUAAGUUUAGAUUUAUAAAUUAUUAUUGUAAUUUAAUAUUUUUUUAAUAAAAUAUAUUAAUUUAUUGAUUUUAUUGCCAUAAGGCUUUGACCAUUGAGCCAAACUUCAACUAAUUAACUACAGAGGAUGAUGAUUUUGGUUCAUUCUGGGUGGCAUUGGCAAAGUUCCAAGACUUUGCUGGCAAAGGUCCAAGACUUUGCUGUGACUGUACCACUCAACAAAUAAAAAUGUGGCACUGAAGGUCACUGCUCUAAAGUGACUUUAAUUAGUAUGCCAUUUUCCCUAGCUCUUUCUAAGUGCAUUGAAAUGCUACACUAAUAAAAUUCUUGUUAAUUUUGUUAAGACUGCCUGGCAAUUUUAAAAUUGCUGACAUAUUUGGUGUAAACCAUAGCAUAUCUGCUGGGGGACAUUCUCCAAAUGCUCCAUCUGGCUUUUUGAAAAUGGGCUCUAUGGGAAGCAUGUUUUUUUUUAAAAGGAUUGUUAAUUCUGAAGCUGGGGAAGAGUAGGUUAAAGAUGACAAAUAUUCAGAGUCACCAAUCACAAACUAAUGCCAGAAAUUGUCAGAAAAAAUUAAUCUAUUGAUCCUUAACUGCAGUAUGCCAAGUAAUCCUCACAGAGAACCUGGGGAGGCAUCCUUUUGCUGCAAAAUUUCUUCCCAGGUACUUGACAUGUUGACACUUAAAAGCACCAGGGCCUUGAUGUUAAAUUUAAACUUUUUAAGAUGGCUAAGUACCCAAUAUUUAUCUUAGAUCAUUACAGUUGGUGAAAUUUAGGUUUACCAGUAUGAUUUAGAGACAAAACAGCAUUAGUCACAAUGGAGGAACCUGCAUUCUGGAAGACAAAAAAGGUUCUGACACACAGUAACUAAUCCAGCUCAUGUCUACAUGCAAAUGACUUAAUGUUUUAAAACUGUUGAAACUUGAUUAUAGUAAUUUCUUAUGUUAAGAUAGGUGCUUACAGUUAGAUAUGUAAAUUUAUUAGAAAAAAACCUGCCAAACAAUGGUGGCGACAAUGCUGAACUUUCCAUCUUAUAAAGUUAUUUUACAAAAUAAGAGUUCAAGUAAAACACUUCAUGAGAAUCCAAAUUAGUGCUAACUUUUGGGAAUUUUAUUUUGUGUGCCUAUUGAACACAGCUUUACAGUCAUAGAUACAUAUACACAUACCUAGAGAAUUAUUAUUUUUAAUACAAGAAAUAUUUAAAUUUUGUCUGCAUUUUAAAUUGAAAUGAUCCCUUAGUUAAAUUUCAACAUGCUGUUUUAAUAUAGAUGAAAAUUGUUUAUUAGAGAAGAGGAAUACAACGAAUUAGAAAUAUGUUAAAUUUAUUACCAGACAUUGACUGUUUCGCCCUUUUAUUAAUGGGGAGGGGUGUAAGCUGGCUUAUUCAGCACCCUUUCUUGGUAUACACUUCUGUUCCCAUCAUAGAUAAACUUCUUUUUGUGGACAGAGAUGACAUCCAAUAAUGUUUUGUCAUGUGGUUGAGAUUCCUUUUCAUUCUUGAUUUUUUUUUAAAUACCAUAUCCUACCCAUCAGUACUUCAAUGGUUUUUUUUAAUUUCCUAAUAUAUUAAAUGAAUGGCUGUGUUGUUCAGUCAGGAAAACAUAGUUCAAGUGUGCUGAUUGUCAGUGAUCAAACCCAGCAACAUCAGUCAACCCCACCACCUGGGGAUAAAAAAGACAUAUUAUUGAUGCUAAUAAAUGCAAAAUUAACACAAAAUAGUCAGAUGUUCUAAGUCAAAAUAUAUGGUACGGUGUUCAAAUACUUGCAGAAAAAGUUGCAGAAGCCAAAAAAAUCUACUUAAGUUCAAGGGAAAACAGUAUAUUAGGAAUAAAAAUGUCAUAUCUAACAGUGCUACAAUACUUUUGUCUUCUAUGCAAUAAAAAUAUGCUUAAUUAUUUUUUUUCAACAGUUUGUAACUUUGUUGUGCAUGACCGUUGUAUGAAGACAGUGGUAUCUCCUUGUUCCAGCAUUGCAACAAGUCUUAUCAAAGUAAGUCUUGUAUUGUUUUGUUUUUCUUGCAGUUUUUGAUUUAAAGAUUAUUUAAAUGACAUUAUUUUUUUAAGCGUUAUGGCUACAUUACAGACUGCCUAUGUUGUAGCUCAGGAGUUGGCAAACUGGGGAAUAUUACCCCAAAUGAGGUAAAAAUAAAAAUCUUGGGGGAAAUGGGGGCUCAAAAGACAUUAAAAAAUUAUAAUAAAAGCAUGUUCCUUUUUACGAAAGUAUAAUUCUUCUGACAACACUGCAUCUGACCAGUUAACAGAGAAAGGCAUCCAAUAUGUUAAGGUUACUAGUGGCCUGGUAGCUAUCGUAACAACACCAUUUGUCUAGUAUGCAUUAUUUUGGCCUAUUUGCCUAUUUUUAUCUUAUGCACAGUGGCAUCUCUAGGGUUAGCGUAACAAAAAUGCAGUAAAUGCAUGGUGUCAUCUCCUCCACGACCUCCCCCCCGAAUUGGUUUUCACCAGUGGCACCCUAAGCUACCUGUUAUGAUGGUACUCUUCUAAGGUAGUAUCCUUCUAAGGUGGUACCCUUCUAAGGUGGUACCCUUCGAUGGUGGUACCAUUCUACAGUGGCACCCUUCUAUGGGGGUACCCUUCUCAGACCUGUUUACUUAUAUGGUUGUGGCAUACAAUGUAUUAUUUUGAGAUGUCUUUUACAAGUGUCCGCUGAAACCUGUCAGAACUAUGAUUUUACGAGACUGAUAAAAAUAUUAUUCCUGUAGUUUUUACAAUUUAAAAAAAAAAAACAACAUUUGUUUUCGGCUGCUAGUUUUAGCUCCUUUCUGUAGCUGGCAGUGAAUAGACAGAGAAAUACAAUUGGCUGGGGACCAUCCUUUAUUAUAAUACCCACGGGGGAAAGGUGGUGGUGCUAACUUGGAAGUAUAUAGGUGUGCAUGGGAGGGGUAGGGGGGUGUUGAAAUAUUUUUAAAGUGCUUAAAUAAGACCAUCCCAUUUUUUAAAAAUCGUGAUAUUUUUGCUUUGUGUUUCAUAAUGAACUCACUAGAUACACUCUGUAUUUAGCAUAUUCACCCUAGUGUCAUAUUUAGCAAACAUUCGCUUUUUUUAAACUCUAACCCCACUUUUACUCUGGUGACUAAGCGGGCGUCCUCAAUUUCUGCUCCCUAACACAUCUUCAUAUAUUAAAGUGGCAAUAAACGUAGUCAUCUGCUUUGAGAAAUGGUCUUUAUGAGACAUGAUAUGCGAAAAAUAGUUAUUUUAUUAAUUAUACUGUAUGUUAAUUUAUUUACUUUUACAGUACGGUAUUGUAUGCUUUUGAGAUGGUAAAGUACUAUGGGGCCCACCAUAAAGGAUGUCACACGUCUAUGUGGGGAAAGGGGGGGGGGGGUUAAAGCAGUGUGACGUCACAAUGAAAGCGGAACAUUAUAGUAAAAAAAAAAAUAAAGGAUGUCACACGUCUAUGUGGGGAAAGGGGGGGGGGGUUAAAGCAGUGUGACGUCACAAUGAAAGCGGAACAUUAUAGUAAAAAAAAAAAUGCACUGAAUAACACUAAAUCACAGACCUUUUUAACAUUAUUCUUUUUUAAAAAAUACAAUUAUUUUAUUUUGAAACUAUGGUCACUGAGAGAAUCAGUACAUGUAUGCGAGAUCAGAGAAAUGGCCUCUGUUCAAGUUACUGGAUGCCGCUGAGGAGGAAAAUCGAGGUGUAGUGAGAUGAAACAAAAAAUUGGGGGGGUGGGGGGGCAUUUUUUAGGAAAUGUUCCAUUCCAGGGAUUCUUUAAUUUUUUGCAGUGCUCCAACUCUUCUCAACUUCUAUACAUCUCCCACAAUCCUCGCCUCGUAUAAUUUAAAUAGUAUUAAAAUUUUUUAAUGAAAAUCAUUAAACAAUUUAUUUAUUGUUGUUUUAUUUGUUUAAUUAACUUUCUAGAUAGGAAAAAAAAUACCAAUAAAAGUAAUACACAAAGAAAAUUCAACAGAAAAAACUUUUACUACUGCUAUUUAAAAUGCAUCAAAACUGAUUUUAUUUUUAAAGGCAGAAAUAACUAAUGAUGGCAGCUAAUGAAAUUUAUAUUCGGGGUCUUCCGCACCAUGGGUCGUGCUUUCACCCAUGUUUGAGAACCACUGUUCUAGGGAAAUGUUUGUGAUACAGGGGCAGUUAUUUGUUAUCCAAGGGAGGUGAUUUUUGUAAGAGCUUGUAAAGGGAAGUAGUGGACAGAUGUAUUUUUAUUAAAGGGGGGGGGGGGUAGAAAGAGGUUUAUGACAAGGGUUCUCAAAGUUUAGGACUUGAGCUAUAGUCGUAGAACUGAUCACCGUUUAAUCCAACAAGUCCUUUAAAACCGAUUUAAAGACACAUCUAUUUCGCAAACACCUUCUGGGAUGAUUGUCAACAUUAUUUUCCAGUUAAUGCAUAAUGGCUGUGUUGCUUAUGGUUGAAAUGGCUAGAAAGACUUUGCCAUUGUAUGCUUGUACUUAGUUUUUGUAGUGUUGCGUUUGUUUUAAAUGUGGUAAACUAUAGAUUUGUUUUUUGUUGACUUUGUACCGCGCUUCGAGCCUUUGGGGAUGAAGCGUGUUUUUGAAAUGAACUUUAUUAUUAUUAUUAUUAUUUUGGGAUUUCCAGUGUAACCAGGUCUUUCUUCUAUGGGUGUAUCCCUACUGUGGAUCCUUGUCCUAUGGCACCCUUCUCUUAUGACAUUCAGACUUGAUCCAGCUCUUUCAUAUUUACAAUUUUACAGUUAGUGCCAACCCCUUCUUUGGCAUUUGGGGGUGUCAGCUGAUGUGAUCUGCAUUCCUGGAAAGUUACUCAAGUUGCCAAAAGCUGCACAUCCUUUCAAAAUUGCCUAAGAUGUGGCCAUCAGUAGUUGCUGUCUUUUGAAAAAACCUAUCUUUAGGUACAUGCAUUUAAGAACAAAGCAGAGAAAUCAAUUAUUGAACCUCAAAGACAGUAUCCAAAUUGCUCUCCCAAUUUUGAUGUUAUUGCAUCAAAAAUGAAACAUUAUUUCUCCAAAAUUUGAAGUGAUUUUUUUUAUUGCCAAGAAAUCAUUGUAUUCCUUAAUAGAGAUGUUGUUGCAUUUAUUUUAUAAUUUUAAAUUUAUAAGUGGUCAUCCUCUAUAUUGUCUCAUUCAAUAAGCCAUCUUGAAACACAGUAGUCUAGAAUUUCUUCCUUCUAAACUGGGGGCAACUGCAGCAUAACAAGAUAUAUUUUGGGGUAGUGGCUAUAAAAAUGUCCCGAUGUAGACCAUCUGUUUUUGACACUGUGACAGUUCCUCAGUAUCAAGUCUGUGAUUUUUCAGUAAAGGUUAUUGAAAGCUACUGAAUAGUAUGAAAACAAUCUUUUAUUCUAAUUUCCCACAUAAAGGAAAAUUAUAUUUAAAGCCUACACCAGAGGUUCUCAAAGUCACAGUGCCUUGUUACAUCCAUGUCUUUCAUAGGUGCUGCAUGUUGAAUUCUAACUAAUGCACUCAUGAAAUAGCUAAUAUUUAAUUGCAAUUUUCAUUCUCACCAUGAAAACUACAAACAAUGAGAAAUACUUCACUAACUUCAUUUUACUUUAUUUUAACAAUAUUCAAUUGAUACAAUCUUCUAAAUCUAAUUAAACACUAAGACCACAUUAAAUGAACACAAAGUACCAAGUAAGUCAGAGAAACUAAAUCACUAAAACAAUCAAAAACUUAAUUAUUAUAGAGCGUCAUCUAGUAACCAUUUUGAAGGCUUCUGCAAAAAGUUAUUACUAAGUGACUCAAUGGUUUGCACCACAUCUGCUAGAUGUUGCUUAAAACUACAUUAUAAUUGUUCUUAACACUUUGUGAGGUAGCUAGGGAUCCCCAGGGCGCCGUGACUGAAAAUUUGGGAACCUCUGGCCUACACAAAUAUAUCUCCAAUUUCUUAUAAAAGAUUGAAAAUUUCUAUAGAAAGAAUGAAAAGUCAUCAUACAUGGAGCGUUAUGAAUUGAAUGAAAUCAAUGGUCAUUAUUAAUCCUUCACGUUUUCUAGAUUCAGCAUAAAAGCACAUCAAGUUGAGAUAUUUUUUAAAUUUUGUGUCCUUAUAUUUUUUAUUAGCAACAUACUACAUUUAAUGUCUUUCUUGUCUAGCAUUUUGACUUGUUUAUCUAAAAGAAACAACAUAUUAAAUGAUGACAUCAUUGUGGAAAUAAGGUUUUUUGCUAUAAGAGCAUUCAAUAAUAUGUUUAUUCUAACAAAAAUGGAUACUUUAUCUACUGACUGAACAUUAAUAAUAAUAAUAAAGUUUAUUUGAAAAACAUGCUUCAUCCCCAAAAGCUUGAACGCGGUACAAAGUCAACCAUAUUAAAAAGAGAAAUAAAAAACAAUCUCAAAUUUACCAUAUUUAAAAAACAGACGCAACAAUAUAAAACUACAUACGAGCAUACCAAGUCAAAGUCUGUCAUCCAAUUUCAACCAUAAGCAACACAAGCUAAUUUACAUUAAUUGAAAAAAGAUCGUAGAUUGCAUCACAUUGUAUUCAAUAAAGCUGUGCUAGAACCUUGUAUAAUUGUAAAUUUAAAGUCAAGUCCUAAAUAUUUUAAUUUUGAUUUAGUUAUUUAAAAAGAUGUGAUUAAUAAUUAAUCUCUUGUAUUGGUUCUUUGUUAAAAAUCAUCAUGUGUUUAUGCUUUAUUUGUUUUAAUCCUGCUAAGAAUUCUACAAAGCUGAUUUGUAUAAUCAGAAGAUAAUGUGUUCAAAAUAUUACCAUGAGGCAAAUUUCACUUUUUGUUAAUCAUGGAGGUAGAAAUACUUGCUUUAAUAAUUUUUAACUAUAUUUUGCAGAAUGAUUAAGUUGGAAAUUCUUAUUCUAAGAAUAUAUUCUUAAAUAUUUACUUACUUACUAUUCCCAGUUGUAUCCCACACUGUGUGUGUUUGCCUCUAUCUUGUGUCUCUGUGUAUUCUUUGGCCUUCCUCUCUUCCUUUUCCAUUUGGAUUCCAUAAUGAGGAUUGUCUGAUGAUGUUAUCUGGAGGUUUAUGAAGGAUGUGCCCUAUCCGCCUCCAUCUUUCCCUUAUGAUGUCUUCAGCAAUAGGCGCUUGGUAUGUCCUUACCAGUAAGUCUUUGUUGGUGAUGGUGUUUUGCUAUUUGAUGUUCAGCAUCUCUCUUAGACAAGUUUUUAUGAUGGUCAGUGCUGUCUGCACGAUGCUAGCUAUUCUCCAAGUUUUUGCUCCAUAGAGUAGGGCUGUUUUGACAUUUGUAUUGAAAAUUCUAACUUUGGUUUGCAGAGUCAGCUCCUUUGAAUCCCAUAUUGUCUUUACUAGCAAAAAUGCUGGCCUGGCCUUUCCAAUUCUAGCUCCGACGGAUCCAUUUAUGUCAAUGUCGCUGCCUAAGUAUGUGAAGGCCUCCACUUCUUCCAGUGCAUUUCCUGCCAGAGAGAUAUUCUCUUGAUUGGCUGAUCAUGAUCUUUGUCCUCCUUUUAAUUAUAUUGAGUGUGGGCUGUGCUGAAAUGGUGGCUACAUCUUUUUUCUUUUCCUGCAUUUGUUGCUAGUUGUGGGACAGAAGUGCAAUGUCAUCUGCUAAGUCUAAAGCUUUCAUUUGUUCCCAGCGUGUCCACUGUAUCCCAUUUCUCCUUUUGUCUGUGGAUUUUUUCAUUAUCCAGUCAGUGGCAAGGAUGAAUAGAAAGGGGGACCAGAGGCAUCCUUGUCUGUGCUACUGUUUCCACUUUAUAGGCCUCUGUGAGUCUACCUUUGUGUGCCACCUUGUAUGUCAUUUCUUCAUAAAAACUCUGAAUGAUCCUGACUAGUUUUCCUGUUACCCCAUAAUGAUGGAGAAGUUUCCACAAGGUGUGUCAGUCAAGGCUAUCAUAGGCCUUAUCAUAGUCUAUAAAAUUUAGGUAAAGGGGGAGUUCCAUUCCAUGGACUGUUCUAUAAUGAUUCGUAGUGUUGCAAUUUGAUCUGUUUUAGCAGGAGCCAGCCUGUUGAUCUCAUAGCUGGUCCUUCACUCUCUUCAAAAUAAUACUGUUAAAUACCUUUGCUAGUAUAAAAAGCAGUGUAAUUUUUCUUUAGUUUGCACAGUUUUCCAAUAUUUUGGAACUCUCUCUUCUUCCCAUAUCUUUUCAAACAGAGGGUGCAGCAUGUUGACUAUUUUAUUGAUGUCUGCUCUCAUCGUCUGUGUUGUGAUGUUAUCUGGUUAUGAUGCUUUCCUUAUUUUUAGCUGAUUGGUAGCCAGGGCUAUUUCUUCCUCUAUUGGGGCACUGUCUUCUAUUUGUAAAUCUUCAUUAACUGGUUGUGUAUCUGUGGGGUGUCUGUGGGUGAAGGUCUGUUAUGUAAUUUCUUAAAGUAUUCAAACAAAAUUUUUUUUUCUUCUUUUCUUUCUGUUAUUGGUCUACCUUUUUUGUCUUUAACUGGUCUUUCUGGCUUCUUGUAUCUUCCUGAGAGCUUUCUUAUUAUGUCAUAGAGCUCUUUCAUGUUUCCCUUUCUGACUGCGUCUUCUGCUGUCAAUGCUAUACCAUCUAUGUAAGUUCUUUAAUCCUUUUCGAUGAUAUUCUUUACCCUUUGAUUGCUUGUUUUUAUUUCUUGUGUGCUUUUGCUUUAUCUGCCCUGGUGCAGCUGUUGUUAUUUGCAUACUUCAUGUUUUUCCUCUAGUUUAUUUUUUUGGAACUUGUGAGAGUCAAUCCCUUGUGUUUUUGCUUCACCUGUACCUCAUAGCACAUGGAUUUUACAGACAUCUUUGUUUUGUCAUUUAUGUUCUGUUGUCUGGUCAUCAUCUGUUUGGUCUUGCAGUGACUGGAAUUUAUUUCUCAAGGUGACCUUAUAUUUUUUAUUAGCAACAUACUACAAUUAAUAAGUCUUUCUUGUCAAGCAUUGUGACUUUUUUAUCGAGAAGAACCAACAUAUUAGUCUUGCCCAAACUAGAUGGUGAUUAGAUGCAACAUCAGCUCCUCUUUUUGCUCGUAAAGAUUUGCUUAAUCAAUUUGGUUUUGUGUUUUGUUGUCAGGGACACCCAAGAAGUCUGUCAGUCUUUCGUGGUUUUCAUUUCUCUCUCCUAUACCAUAGCGCCUCAUAAUUUUCUUUUUAUCCUGUAUUUUCUUUUCCGUUAGAUCUCAUAUGAUAUUUAAAUCUCUACCUGGCAAUUUUUCCAGUAUGGCAUUUUCUUUAAUAUCGUUGGGUGGGUGCAUAGCACUGUAUUACAUUCAUUUUUAUUUUCUUCUUCUGUGUUAGGAAAGUUGCUGUAAUAAUCCUUGGACCAUGGGCUUCCCAUCCUAUCAAUGCCCCUUGUACCAUCCAUAUCAUCAUAAAAGUGACUCCGUGUGUGUGUGUGUAGCAUUUUCCUCCUCAUGCCCUGAGUGUAUUAGUGUUUUUCUGAGGCCAAAGUUAACUGACCAGCUUGUGUACAUCUUGUUUCACAGUGCCAGAGCAGUGUUUGUAUAUUCUCAUUUCUGCCGCCACUUGUGCUGAUUUUCCUGUUUCAUACAUGGCUCUAACAUUCCACGAGCCUAUGUUUAUUGCCUUUGAAAAGAGGGUCCUCUGCUUUGAGGCUUCCAGUAUAACCUGGAUUUGGCCGCAAAGCUUCAUAACUCUUUUUGGGAAAGAAUAGCCUCCUCUUAUCAGAGCUGACAUUUGUUGUUUUUUUUUUAAUUUUUGUAGCAGUUUGUUUUUUACGAGUGUGAUAGCUGACCUCUUGCCAACCCUCCUCCUUUUGCACCCGGACUUGGGACAAGCCAUGGGGGCCAUAAUAUGUUAAACAUGGAUCAAAUAUGGUGCAACCCAAAGAUAUCACAAAUUUUGAUGUAAUGCUGUCAAGGCAUAGUUUCCAAAAUAGGGUAUAUUCGUUCCCACAAAAAAAUAAAUUAUGUGAACAAGAUUUUUUAAAUAAAUAUAUUCUCAUACUUCACCUUCACAAAUUCACUUAAACUAGUCAAAUUUAAGCAUCACUUCUUUUCUUUUUUUUUUAAACCCAUGGCACUUCGCAAAUAAUGUUGCAAAACCUGCUUUAAGGCAACCCCUAUUAAUGCCUUACAAUUUUAUGGACCGCUCUUUAUUGUGUUACAGUGAGUUUUACUGUUAUUACUAAUGUGAAAUUAGUUCUUGCAAGAAGUGUUUUAAUCCCGUAUUCUAAUACCUACAUUUUUCUAUCCUCAGAAUCCUGUAGCUCAUUGUUGGUCAGAACCAAGCCAUUUUAAAAGAAAAUUCUGUAAUGUUUGCAGAAAAAGACUAGAGGACAGUCUGGCAAUACGCUGUGAAAGUAAGGGUUUUUAAUAUUAUAAUAAUAAUCUAACAUCUUGUUUAUUGGCUGGUUAAAUUUUCAUGAGAAAAUUUUUGUUAGAGGCUUUACUAAGUUUUAGUUUUGAAAAAAUAAUCCUAAUUUUUCAAUUUAACAUAUCCAGGGAUGAAAAUAAAUUUAAUGUAAGUACUGACUUCUUUCUGAAAUAAGCCUCUAGUGAAAUUCAAUAUUAGUGGCAUAAAUAGUGAAUUCUUUCUUAAGCAAGAAAGUAUGCAAAGUCAAGAUAUCUUUAUUCAUUAAUGGCCCUGUUAAAGAACUGCAAGUUGGACUGCCUCGAAAAAUUCCUGCCAUUAUCAUUCUCAUUAAAAAAAAUUUCCAUAAAAGCUUAACUACUAUAAUUAUGUUGGUUUUUUUUUUUUAAAAAGAGAUAUGGACAGAAAAUUAUGAUUUUUAAACUCUUAUCUCACCAUCUAAAAAUUACUACAUUCCUUUAUUUUUUUAGUAUGUGAAUAUUAUGCACAUCUUGACUGUCAAGACUUUGUGGUGAGCGAUUGUAUGGAAUGUGCUACUUACUUUCCUCAGAGAGAUAGGGUAAGUGGAGUUCAUGAAAAAAAAUGUCAGCAUAAAUUAUGUUGGUACUAUUUCUGUUGUUUUGCUUUGCCUGUAAAUGAAUAAUGCAUAUUAAUUUAUAGUACUAAUUAACUGAGUGAAUCAAAGAUUCUACAAAUUAUUUCUUUUUUACUGUGCUUGCAACAUUUUUAAAGCAUUCUUACAAUAUGUCUUAAUAGAUAAUAAAAUGAAAUAAUAAAUAUUAAGUUGUUUUCCCAUUAAAAUUCAAAGAAUAAAAAUUUGUCAUCAUACUUGUUAUUACAUUUUUUGUACGGAAUUUUUUCUACCACUGUGUUCAGAACAAAACUUCAUUGAUGGUUUCUAUAUUUUAUAUAUAUUAUGUCUCCACAAAUUUUGAUUUUAGAACUAUAUUUUAUAAGUUAUAAAGUAAUUAUGAGCGCAAAAUGUGUGCUGUAAUUAAUCAAUAGCUUUUGAUCAUAAUGUAUUGGUAAAAUAAAUACUCAGAGGUGAGUAGGCUCACUUGUGUAUUUUCACUAGCUGAAUUACACUAACACACAGAGGCGUAGCUAGAGUGUUUGGCCGCCAGGACAAGAUUCAUUUUAAAGCACCUCCCUUUCUUUUUUUCAACUCUCAAACCAAUUAUUUUCAUCAAUAAAAUAAUAUCAAAGCACAUUUUGGCGCCCCUAACUAGCCUGGCGCCCAGGGACAUCUGUCCCCCCACCCCUUAAGCUACGCCUCUGCUAACACACGACAUAUAAUUUCAAAAUUUGAUCAAUACAUGAAAUUCUUUUCCAUUUCCAUUUACUCAUUUACAGUCUUUAAAAUAUUUAGAAUCUGAGAAACCUCAGAGUGUAAUCAGGGAAAUCUCUAUGAAUCUCACAGUCUAUAAAUUGUUGUCAUCAGAAUGUGAUCCAUUACCACCACUGGAGAGAGGGUAACCUACCUCCCAACUCCAAGUGUGUUUCAUGCAAAAAGACCUGCUGGUCAUCGGAAUGCCUGGCUGGUAUGAGAUGUGAAUGGUGUGGGGUUACGGUAAUUAUCUUUUUUUUCUAUUUAUAGGUUUAAAUAACAAAGUUAUGUAUUCAUUUAUUUUGAAUUAAAUUUUUUGUGGUCUAUAACACAGUAAAAAAAAGUUUAAUUGAAAUGAUUUUCUAAAUUAAAUAUAAUAUUAAUAUAUAUGACGGAAUAUGCUUCUUAUUGUUGAAACAAUUGCAAGACAAAAAUGAAUAUGUCUGUUUUUUAUUGCUCUAGUAAAAGAAAAUUUCACUUGACACUGUUAUGGCAAUGUAUACAAUUUUAGACCAGAUGACAUAGGAAUUACAGUGUCUUUUUUAUGAUGUAAUUUUGUGACAUAAUUAUUUUGUUUUGGCUGAACAGUGGCGAUUAUAAAAACUGAGAAAAAUACAGAUUUUUUUAGAAUGCAUUCUCAACUUUUCUGCACAGCAGCGUUUCAGACCUUGAUAUAUUUUAUGAAGUCUAGUAAACGGCAUUUGAAAUCUAUAUUUAGAAGUCACUAAGUAGCUGUACAAUUUUCAUACACCAGCCCUCUACUUUUCCCAAAAAAGCUUUACGGUACUUAUUUAACUAUAAUAUGUUAAUGGAAAAUAAUAUCAGACUCCUAGGUCUAAUGCAAGGGUGAGAAAUUCACGGCCCAUCAUGCUAAAUAUUGUUGCUCACCUGAAGUACCACAAAUGAACUUAAUCUUUCAUUUAUUUAGUGAUUAUUUUCAAUUUGGGCAUAAAGGCAGAUUUGAAAUAUAUAAAUAAAAUAGCAAAACGAGGUAUGUGUGAAGCUUGAAUAAGAUAACAGGACAAAAAACAAGGACGUUUCGGCAUAAAGCCUUCCUCAGCCAACAGUAGAAAUGAAAAUAUUUUCAUUUUUAUUUUCAUUUCUACUUUUGGCUGAGGAAGGCUUUAUGCCGAAAGGUCCUUGUUUUUUGUCCUGUUACCUUAUUCAAACUUCACACAUACCUCGUUUUGCUAUUUUAUUCAUUUACUAGGCUUGAAAGCAGUCCUUUCAUUUAUAUUUUGAAAUAUAUAGGCCUAUACGUUAUCAUAUUUUAUUUUUUGACGGUACGCACAAUUUCAGGGUAUCCGGCCCUUUUUUAGACUAAUUUAAAAAAUUUAAAUUAGACUGUAAUAUCUACUUUUUGAAGUUACCUUUUUUUGACCCCAACUUAACUUGAUCCCACUAGACACAUGAUGCAAAUAGUUAUUGUACAUAGUAUACAUUAUAUAUAUUGUAUGUUUAUUUAUUCACUAUUAAGAUACAGUAUUGUAUGAUUUUGAGAGGAUAUUGUACGGUUUUGGGAGUUUAAGGGUAAACAGGUCUGUUAUAUCAAAUAGCUGAGGAUGAUCCUGAACAUAUUUGAACAUUCAGUCCUUCUACAGUCAAACAUGCCACCAUUUUACCACAGCAGAUUUUUUUAUAUUCUAUCUUCUUUAGGCUCAUGCCACAUGUUACCGCUCCCUGCCAGUUGAAUGCAAGUUUGGGAGCUUGAGAGAGAUUCUCCUCCCUUCCUCAUGUUUGACUAUCCCUCGACUUGACGUUCCCAUGGAAACGAUUCUAGGGAUCAGCCGAAAGUCAAGUGAGCAUUAUGGUCCUUUUUUUUUAUCUGAUACUGAUCUGACAAAUAUGUUUUAAGAAACUUUAAAUAAUGGUUUCGAUUGAAAAUGUCUUCUAUUUCUUAAUUUCAAAAAAAAAUUUUAAAUUUGCAAGUUAAGCCCCAAUGACUCGUAUUGCUUUCAUAAUGUGCACUUAAUUUGAAAUAAUCACCCCAGAAAAAAUCACAUUGAAAAUUAUAUUUAAAAGUUUCUUACUAUUUUUCUAUCCUCAUAAUCACAUUCAUCAUGGUUUGAUGACAUGCAGCCUUUCCAGGUAUUUUGAUUUAAUUGGUAUCAUUUCAGAUUUUAAGCUAAGUUAGUUCAGAAAACUGUUUUUUUUAAAUAAUGUGUGGCAUUCAAAAAUAAUAUUUUAUUAUAAACUAUCUGCUAAUCUAAUUCUGUUAUAUCUUAAAUUUUUGCAUGGCUUAACUAUUUAUGGCUUUGAAAAGUUUUCUAUAAGUCAUGGACCUAUUUAAAAAAACAGCUGAUAGUGAAUAUUUGAAAACUGAAUAAAUGGUGAAUGUCAAAAUAAUCAUUCUUAAUCCUCAGGAAAUAAAGGAAGUGAUAAAGAAUGGGUAAAUGAAAGGUGUUUAAACUUACUAUUCUUUUAACUUUUAGCCCGCACUGUUUCUGAGGAGUGGUCUUCUAGUGGGGACUCCAAGACAGAAGAUGAAGAGAGAGAAAGACGGUCUCCAAGAGAGAAAGAUGGAAGAGACAAAGAUAAGGAAGAUUGUAGGUGUACAAGUUUGCUAUCUUUAAAUGUAUGCAUGCUAACAUGUAAAGUUUUUAACAUUUUCCCAGCUCUGCAGGAUUUCGUACGUUGUUUCACAGGAUUUAGAAGGGACAAAAUUUGCACACUACUCAGUGCCAAGCAUGUUAAAAAAUUACGGGUGCAAUAAAUUCACCUUUGGUUGUUAGGGAGCCUAAAACCUAUUGGUUUGUUUAAAAUGACCUUUGCCCCAAAGUUUAGGUUUGCUAGAAUCUGAGGUACGUUUGACCAGCAUCUAGCAAAUUUGGCUAUUGUGGCAAUCCAUACAGUGGUAACUACUUUGAGUAGUAAACCAUAAUUACAAAUCAGUUUGUGUAAUUCUUAGUGAGAACUGUAAUGUAAGUAAAUAUUCUUUUCAUUUCUAUUAAAUAUAUUUAAUAUCACUAACAAUGAAUAGCUUUAGUGAUUAUGCAUAUUUUUUAGACCUACUAUGGCAUGACUUACUGUUACAUGUUAACAGAUUCAAUAACUAAAUCGGUAGGCCUAAACUUUAUUUAGAGCUGACAGUAGUGAGAGUAUUUGUUUUUUUUAAAUUUAUUAUCUUGCUCCAGAAGUAAACUUCCAAUUAACAUUUAAGUGGGUGAAUCUUUUGUAAAAAUCGAAAGCUUGAACUCGACACACAUCGAAAAUCCUUGAAUUAUCGAUGCUUUAUCACUCGAAUCAUCGAAUGCAAUUUGCAAAAAAUACAUUUACUUAUUUGCUUUAGGCUCUUAUUAUAAAGCACAUUUUAAAACAAUGUUGCUCUAAUGAAACUUUGAGUCAAUGAUGACAAAUUAUACUACCAAGUCCUUCUCUUUUUUAGACCUAACAUGUAGAUAAUCUAAUAGAUGCAGCUAAAAAGGCAGAAUACUUAUUUGCUCAUUUCAUUGCAAUUACAAUCUAUUUUAAAGUGCAAAAUAAACAAUUACUCUUAUUGUUUGGGUUUUUAAACUAAUCCAGAAAUUAUCAAGAAGGCAAAGUUAGCAUGCAUUCAAAACAUUGAAAAUUAAAUGAAAAAAUUAUAAAAUUAUGCUUUUUUCGACUUUUCAUUUUUUCUGUACAGUUUUUCAUGCUGUUGUGCGGUUUUUUAAAAACUUUUUGUACAGUUUUUGAUCACGCAGGUAUGCAUGUCUGUAAAUGCAAUCUACCGGAUAGUUUUUAUAAUUAACAGUCUCAAUAACUUUUUUCUUCAAAAGUUCAAGUUCAUUUAUUGUAGAGUUACAAAAUUAAAGAUAAUAGGAUAAUCACAGGUUGUACUAAGGAAACAAUGCCGCCAUUAAAACAUCUGCAUAACAACUCAAAUAGAGGUUAAGUAUCAGUAUUAAAUCUUCAUCAAACACAAUUCUUUCAAUGAAAAUUAUAACCAAUAUAUGACAUUAAUUAUUUCAACUUUAUAAUGGUUUUAGUCUUUUUUUAACGGUAAAGUUGGUGUCCAUGAGAGGAGUGUGAUGGUGUCAUUUUGAUCAAGUGUUUGAUAUUUGGGAAUUUGCAUGGUAGUAACACAAUUUCUAAUGUAUAUUUUUUUCUCACAGGUGAGAUUAUCCGAGUGUUUGAUGGCAAUGCCUCCCUCAAGAAACGCCUGUACCGCACAAUAUCUGUACCAAGGAAUGCAACUGUACAGGCUAUUCUGGUAAUUUCUGUCAUAUAUUUGUAACUUUCUUUUACCUAUUUUUUUAAUUUCAAUACAAAAAUAACAUUUAAUCUAAAAGACAAAAUAUAUAUAUAUAUAUUUGAUCAUUGACGUUAAUAUUUAUUAGUAUUUUUAUACUAAUAUCCUUGGAAUACGACAAGGCUGCCUGCUCUCCCCAACCCUGUUCAACAUCUUCCUAGACAGAAUUAUGUCAGAUGCUCUGGAAGCGCAUGAAGGGACAGUCAGAAUUGGUGACAGAAUAAUCACCAACCUACGCUUUGCGGACGACAUAGGCGGACUGGCUGGGAACGAAGAAGAGCUAGCCAAUCUGGUAAAGCGUCUAGAUAAGACCUUGUCGUCCUACGGCAUGCUAAUCAGUGCUGAAAAGACAAAACUGAUGACAAAUAACACCACAGGCAUCACCACUGAAAUUAAGGUCGGGGAGAAAAGACUAGAGUCUGUAGGCCGCUUCAAAUACCUUGGAGCAAUAGUCUCCAAAGAAGGCUUCAAGCCCGAACUGAUGACCAGGAUUGCGCAGACUACAACAGCACUAAAGAGGCUCAAGAAAAUAUAGCCCCCAGCACCAAAAUCAGGCUGAUGCGCUCAUUAGUCCUCUCCAUUUUCCUGUAUGCCUGCGAAUCCUGGACAUAAACAGCCGAUCUUGAAAGGAAAAUAAAGGCGAUGGAGAUGAGAUGCUUCAGAAGCAUUUUUGGCAUCUGCUAUAGGGACCAUAUCUCCAAUGAUACAGUGAAAGAAAGGGUUCGCCAGGCAAUUGGGGAGUACGAUGACCUACUGGUGGCUGUGAAAAAAUGCAAACUACAAUGGUACGGCCACAUAAAAAGGAAAGCAAGGGCUUGCCAAAGAAAUAUUGCAGGGCACCACAAGAGGAGGGAGAAGAAGAGGAAGACAAAGAAAAAGAUGGGAGGAUAACAUCAAAUAGCGGACAGGACUAACACUGGGCGACGCUGUGCGUAGUGCAGAAGACAGAGACAAAUGGAGGAGGAUAGUUCACAAUUCAUUUGUGGCGCCCCAACUGUCCUAGGACUUAGGGACAUGAUGAUGAUGAUGAUCCUUGAAAGCUUCUGUAAUUUGCAUCUUUUCUAUAUUUUUAUUUCAAACAUUAACUUUAAUAAUUCAUGCUCAAUUUUAGCAAGCAUGCAAUGACCCUGCCUUUAUUUUUUUUUAGAUCAAUAAAUGCAAACACAUAUUUGUUCACUAUUUCAAAUUUACAUUUUUACUUAGUUUAAUGACAGUAUUACUUAUUUAUUUGUUGCAGGAGGCAGCUCUUAAAACAUUCCACAUAUCAGAUGAUCCCAAAAAUUAUUAUGUGACAGAAGCCACAGAGUCCAGCUUAGGUAAGCGUACGUAUUACUUUUUUCACUUAUUCUUGUUGUACAUCUGUAUAUUGCAGUUACUUCCUCUUAUCAGAAAGUUUUAUUGUUUCUUUUGAAAUGUCAAAGACACAAGAAGUCUGAUUUUGAAAUAAAUCAUUUCUGCCAAUGAAGGAACCAUUGCCAUUGUGCAAAAUUUGCAUAGCUUAGUCUCUGUCCUCAAUAUUAUAUCAUCUAUAAUUUCUGUACUAAAGUCUAUUAUUUGUUCAGAAAUUUUUACAUUUUUUUUUUAAACCUUUACUAUCCUAUCCCAAAAGAGACGAGACUGAUUUUAUCACUAAAAUAAAAAAAAUCUUUUUAUAAAUAAUUCCGUUCAAAUAACGCAAGUAGUAAUGGAAAAAAAAGGUUAUGCUUAGGAGCCUUUAAAUAAAAUGCUACCUUUAAAAGAAAAUAUUUAUGCUAAAAAGUUUAUCAACAUUUAUGAUGGGUUUUUUUAGUUUUUUUUUUUUUUUUAAGAUUAUUUAUAUUAAAAAAAAAAAAAAAAAAAAAAAAAAGAAUUGAACACAAAGAAUCAUUGAUUACUUUUUUUUUAAUAAGAUAGUUGAAAUCAAGACAAAUUUUAAAAAAAGGUUAAAUAUUAAAAAAUUAAUGAAAUCUUACAUAAUUCUAUUUUUAAAAAAACAUAGUGUUAUGUUUCGGGAUAAAUUUAGUGGUCUCAGGCCCAGCAAAGCUUUCAAUCUUUUAAAAUUACCAUUGAAACUGACACAACUUUUGCAAAUUUUUGCACAGUGGUGGCGAAAUCCUCUUAUAUACGGAACUCUGGACAUGGGAAAUAUUCUUUUUCAUCCCAAGCUAUUUCUGGUAAGAGGCAACUGUAAUUUAUUUUAUUUGUGGUAGACCUUAAGAAUAUUUAUAAAUCAUUCAUACAUUUUUUUAAAAGGCUAACUUGGCAGACUUGCUAAAUCUAACUGUUUCUGACAAGAAGUAACAUUAUUUCUUUUCAAUAUUUAUAUUGUUUCAAAAAGACUCUCCUUCAUAAGUAAAUUGGUCCAUCACUUAUUAAUUGGCCCUUUAUGAUUGCUGAUUUUUGCACUUGAGAAAUGUCUUAUGUUAAAAUGUUUCUAGUAUUAAAAUUGUCAUCUUAAUCAGAAUAUUUAUCCAGUUGCUUAUGCUGAAAGUGAAUAUGUACAAUGCAAUAAAAACACACUUCCACUUCAAUAAAAGAAUCUUAUUUAACAUUGAGUGAUGAAGAUAAAUCAGUUGCCAAUUAUUUGCUGAGCAAUUUUAUUUUGUAUUUUUAAAAUGUAUUAUUAAUCACAAUGACAGCUCAAUUAUUUUGUGCUACCAUGAAUAAGACUGUAAUUUAAAAAUUAUUUUAACUGGGUAAAGAAGCAAUAGUAAUACCCCUCUGAUUUCAACAAUUGACCCUUUGAAGGUGACAAGGGAACAGUUGUCUAUUAAAAAAAGUCUGACCUCAUCAAAGGUUAGCUGUUGCAAAGCCGGAUUUAAGGCCAUCUGCAAAACCAAAACAGAGGCCCUUGGUUGUCUACAACUUGUCAAUAAAUAUUGGUGAAUCAUUCCAAGUGACCAACUCUUUGAUAGUAAAAUUUGUAUGCAUAUCAAAAGCAUAUCAGGGCCUUCAACACCUGGCAGUCAAUGGCUCAUUGUCCACUUUCAUCAUCAUUAUCAUGUCCCUAAGUCCUUGGACUGUUGGGGUCGCCACAGAGGACAUGAAAACUAUCCUCCAUUUUGUCCACUUUACCCAAAGGAUAAUCCAAAGCUGAAUAGUUGAUGGGUGAAGCAGCCCUGGACAACUAUCUUACACAUUUUGAUGAUUGGACAUGGUUUUAGAAAGUUAUCUUAUGUCGAGAGAAAGGGGAAAUUUUUUAUGCAUUUUUUUUGUUUCCGAAAAGGCCCUGUCAUAUAUGCACACAAAAAUUAAAGUAUCAAAUGAUUAGCAGACAGACUGUUUACACGGACAACUACACAUUAAAAAUAAUUCCAAUCAACCAGUCUAAAUGAAAACAGAAACUUGCCUAAUGAACAGAUUUAAUUGGGAAACAUUUGAUAAAAUCAUACAAAACAUCCAAGUUUCUAUUAAAACCAUAUAUUUUUACAUCUUACAUCCUUAUGUCAAAUUCAAAUAACAAACAGCAAUACACAUUAUUCAGCAAAAGGAAGUUCAUCUGGCAACUAAUGUGUGCAAAAUUAGAUUCAAAUACAGAGUCUGUGAUUUUAAAAAGAUUUUAAAUUUUUUUAUAUCUUAUGAUAAUAAUUUUCCUAUUUUUAAACAAAUUAGUUCAUUUUUUAUCACCAGGGACUAGAUGAUACUUUGUUCUUUCUAUGUAAACAAUUUUUUUUUAGGAGAAAGAGAACUAGAAGAAAAUAUGCCUGUUCGGUCGCAAUUAAAAACACCAGAUGGAAAAAGGCCUUCCAUAUUUUUGAGAUACAAGGAGAAAAAAGACAGUGGGGUUAUAAGGGUUUAUCCAGGAGGUUUGAGGUUCGUAUUAAAGUUACUCUGCUGCAUAUCUGAUUAUUCAUGUACUGUGAAUUAAAAUCUUUAUGAAGUUUUUCAAGAGUUGAUAAGCAUUUAUAUCUUAACAAGAAAAAAAAAACCAAACAAUUCCAAUAAUGAAUAAGAUAAUUGUUUCAUUUAAUAAAUGGAUCUAUCUGAUGAACUUUGUUUUUUUCCAUUUUAGGGUCAGUUGUGGUUAUAAAAAUAUUUUUGUGAACAAGGAUACUACCACAGAAGAAGUUAUUAAAACAUCACUCCGUAAAUUUGGUGUUGAGGUGAUUAUUUCUUAACCUUCUUUUCACUUGAUUUAUAAGUGCUAACUAUUUCUAAAUUAAUUUCAAUAGUGACUUAGCUUUAACACAUCUUCAUUAAGACUUUUAAUGUUGUUUUUUAAAAGGACAAGGACCCAGAGAGCUUUGAAUUAAUUGAAGUAUUAUUGGACAAAGGAGUUACAGAGAGGAAGGUGGACCGCAAUGCCAAACCCUUUCAUAUCAUGGUGCAAAGCAGAAGGGUGGGUUUUAAAAGAAGAAUUUUUUAAAUACCAUUGUGAUCAUUUUCUGAUUGUUAAUGCAACUAAUCUCUCUUAGUGGCCGUUCAGUUGCUUACUUCGUGUGACCAGGCAUCUAAAUUAUCGGUUGUUACCUUUUUUUUUAUAAAGAGGAAACAAUUUUAGUCACUCUCCUCUACUUACUAGUGACAAUUCAAUUUGUUUAAACUAGAAUAAUUGCUAGACAUUAACAUUUUAUAAACACAGAAAUAGUAAGCAAUUUAUUACAGUUACUACAAAUAUAUAAUGUUAAUGUCUAACAUUUUAUUUGUAGUAGUUGUAAUAAAUUGUUUACUUUUUCUGUGUUUCAUUAAUUUUACAACCUUUUGAAUAGUUCCAUUUUGAGUAUUAGAAAUUCAUUACAAAAUUGCAAAAACUUUUUUCUUGAUGUGAUGUCUUCUAUUAACAAGAAAUAAAAUGUGUUUCAAAAUACGUCUAUAUUCAUUAUUUUCAAGGAGUCACUGCGUCAAAACCGAAUGACAAGGUUCUAUUUGCAACAAAAAGAAGAUCCACAUGGUCCUAGCAUAUCUUUGUAUGUGGGCAAUUUACCGACAGGUUUAUCACAAAGACAGUAUGAAAAGAUACUGUUAGACAUUAUAGGCAGAGGUAUGGAAAAUUAUAUAUUUAUUGUGAGGUUCUGAAUACACUAAAGAAAAGAAUAAGGCUGUCUUCUAUUUUUUUUUUUUAUUUCAUGAAAUAUUCCUAUUAAAUUAAGCAUUCAAGUUAGAAACAUAAUUACAUAUAUGCACUAACUUUAUUUAACCAUUCAUAACAGAAUUGAGUGUUGCCUAUAGAUCAGUCAUGCAUGUACUAGUACAUCAACAUUUACUAAAUAGUUUUUUAGUUAAAUUCUUCUACCACCCCUCCUAAAAAAUAUAACUUUUUAUAUAUUCCAGAAAACAAGUGGGAAAAAUUUGAUGGUAUAUACUAUGAAUAUGGUUCACUUGUCCUCAUAUACACCAUACCUGAGGUGGCUACAACAGUAUUCAAUAUACUUCAAGAGUCAAAUUUUGAUGACAAGCAAAUUUUGGCACUACUGCUACCUAAUAUACAAGUUAGUAAAAGCUCUAAGGAACUAGUUUUUUUUAUAGAUGGAAAAAAAACAAAAAAAUAAAGAGACACAAUGAAUUAUUGUUUCAGUCUCAAUCUAAAAAUUGUAGUUAGUUUGAUAUUUCACAUUUAUAUGCAUCUAAACCCUGAAAAAUCCAUUUCAGCCUCACAUGAUUCCCGAGUACGUGAAACCCCUGAUGGUGUUUGUCAAUGUCAAGAGUGGGGGCUGUCAGGGACUGGAGCUCAUUACCUCUUUCCGCAAGCUGCUCAACCCUCACCAGGUGUUCAACCUGGAAAAUGGGGGCCCGUUGCCUGGGUAGGUACCACUGAGCGUUUCCACAUCUCUUGUUACUUUUAACUUGUGGUUGAUCUAUAGCGUCUCAGGAUUCUAAUUCAUUAAAUUUCUAAGAAAAGUUAAUGAUGGAGACCGGUGAAAGUGUCAAAAGCUUUACUCAUUUUUUCUUUAUUUUAUCAUAUCAAAAUAAUAGAUAAGAAGAAAUUGAAUAUAAUUCUAUGGGGGGUUUUUUUGCACUUAAACUAAAUAAGGAAGAAUGGAUAAGCACUAAAAGUAUUGUUGGUUGCUUGAUAUAAUUAAACUGAUCUGCCUUUUUUUCAGCUUGUAUGUGUUCCGAAAUAUCCCUUACUAUAAAAUUCUAGUGUGUGGAGGAGAUGGGACAGUAGGUUGGGUUCUCUCUUGCCUAGACAAUGUGGGUCAAGAUGCAGAAUGUCAGUCUCCUCCUAUGGCAAUUGUUCCCUUAGGCACAGGUCAGUAAAAAUAGGAUGUAUAAAUAUAAAUAGUCUCCUGAACUUUUAAAAGUAAUCACUUUCAAUAAUGUAAAUGUAAAAUAGGGUACCCUUAUCAUCAAUUCCUAAGUUGUAGCAAUUUUUUUGUUCAGGCAAUGAUUUAGCAAGAGUGUUGCGGUGGGGUCCAGGUUACACUGGAGGUGAAGACCCUUUGAAUGUUCUACGGGAUGUCAUUGAUGCAGAAGAGAUUAAACUAGAUCGGUGAGAUAAACUGUUUGUCGGAAUUCUAAAAGCAUCCUUUAAUAUAACUUAUUUAUUUUGGCAAUUAUUUUCCCUUACUUCAUUUUGUGAAGCAAAGCAUUUCAUUUAUUAUUACUACUUAUUAUAAAGCAUUAAGGCACAACUGUUGCUGCUUCUUGGCUUUCACAAAAGAUUUUUAAAAAUGUUACUAGUGAUAUUAGCCCCUAAAUAAUUUUAUGUUUUUAUUCCCAGCUGGACUGUGAUUUUCCAUCCCAAUGAGAAGGAGCAGGAUGAGACAAAAGUGGCCAUUGCUAAUGAUACAAAUAGUGCAAACACAACAGAGGACCCAACUAGCAUCUUUGUCAUGAAUAAUUACUUUGGCAUUGGCAUUGAUGCAGAGUUAUGUCUAGACUUCCACAUGGCCAGGGAGGAGAAGCCUGACAAAUUUAACAGCAGGUAAGUAGUUGUCUUUUAUGUUCAGGAAGGCUGAGAUCAGAGUAUAUACACUACCUGCUUAUACUAUAUAUUAACACUGCAACUGAUACUUAGUAUUACCCAGAAUAUCUCUUGGUUAGUUAUUUUAACUUGUUUAUAGGUACCUGUUUUAAAUAUGAAAAGAAAAAUCUGGAAUUAACACAGAAAUAAUUCUCAUUGAACUAAAACAUUUGUAAAUGUUUUAUCAAUGUUACUUUGCCCUCUAUUUUUGUCAUCUGUUAGGCUUCACCUUUAGAAAAACUUGAGCCUACUUGUAAAAAAAAAAGUAAAACUUUUAACCUACCAUUGUUGCAAAGGCUCCCUUAAAAAAUGUGCCUUGUCUCACUCGUACCAGUUCAGAUAAAUUGAUAAAUAAGAACCAAAUUGUAUUCAGGUUUUUAAUUGUUCUAUUCAAUGAACUAAGCAAUUUGUAAUAAAUUUAAUAGAUAAUCAAUGUUAUAAAGGUUUCUUUAUAAAUAAAAAGUAUGUAAUUAAUUAAAUGUACUUUACCUUUAUAUAGGUAUGCAAUAUGUGUUGCUUAACAGACAAUCCCAUUUUGACAUGAUAAAUUUAUUAUAUUUUUUAGUGCGUAUCCAGGAUUUGUUAGAAAGAAAUUUUGUCAACUGAAAUUUGAUCGAGCGUAAAUUGGGUUGAAUCUUUUUUCAGUUCACACGUUAAAAUUUUACGUCAAAUUUCUUUUUGAACGCAUAAUUUUGUUUUCCUAUGUAGUAUAGUGCGCUCAAAAAGAAAUUUGAAGAAAAUUUUAAUGUGUGAACUGAAAAAAAGAUUCGACCGAAUUUCCGUUUGAUCAAAUUUCUGUCGUUCAAUUUUCAGGCGAUGAAAUUUCUUUCAAAUACAAACUUCCGGUAACCUUUUUAGUUUUAUAAUGUUUCAUAAUUAAGAUAACCAGGGCAGUGAUUUUAACCUUUUUUUUUAAAAUUCUGUGACAGGUUACACAACAAAGGAGUGUAUCUUAAAAUGGGCUUGCGUAAGAUGGUUAAUCGUAAAACUUGCAAGGACCUGUAUAGAAAUAUCAAGGUAGAGGUAGAUGGCAAGCUCAUCGAAUUACCCCCAGUAGAGGGCAUCAUAAUUCUCAAUAUACUCAGGUAACCUCAAAGCCCUAGCAUUAAUUUUUGUAUCAAUUCAGUUUUUUCUGGUGUUGUCAUUGAGCUUGAAAUGGGUAGCUACUUCAUCUCUUUUGUUUACAUUAACUUUUUGUACAAAUUUCAUUUAAAUUUGAAUUUAAUUUAAGUGUCAACAAUUUACUGCUUACAGAGGCUAAAAGAAUCAAAAUAAAAUAAUAAAUAAUGAUAGUUACUACCUCACCAGGGAGAGGGGGAACUAAUUUUUCUGCUAGGCAAAAGCAUGAAUUCCUUGUGUAGAAGUCUCCUUCAUUAUUCCUUUGUUUUCCUUUUCAGCUGGGGCUCAGGAGCCAAUCCUUGGGGCCCAGAAAGAGAGGACCAGUUUAACAAACCCACCCACUAUGAUGGGAACCUGGAAAUUGUGGGGGUUACAGGGGUUGUCCACAUGGGACAGAUCCAUAGUGGCCUCCGCAAUGGAAUACGUAUUGCACAAGGAGGACAUGUAUGUACUGGUCUAUAUUAAUCUCCUGCAUUUUUACCUAUCUGACAAAAACAUUUUCAAGUUUUUAUUGUUUGGUCAGAACUUAAAAUACAAGUUUUCUGUUAAAUUGUCAUGAUAUAUUAAAGCACCUUAAAACUGGCAGUUUUUAUUGCAGAAUAACACCAAGGAUUUUGUACUCUUAGUUCUAAAAAAUGGCAUGUUACCUCAGGGUCUUACUUAAAGUUUGUAUUUUUUUUUUAAUUUAAGAUGACCUUGUACAUCAAGGUCCUGUCACUUUAAGUACAAAAAGUACCAUAUUUAUUUUUCUCCCCGAAAAUAGGGGGCAAAUCAUGUGUGUGUGUUAUACGCUAAUAUAAUGUUUAGUUGUUUUUUUCUGAAAUUUCCUUCUUAAAUUGAGGUGUGUGUUAUACGCUGGUGUGUGUUAUGUGCCAAUAAAUACGGUAAUUCACAAAAAAUGUAUUAAUUUGAAACCCCGUUAUAAUGGCAUAGUAGUUGUCUAUAAAAGGGGUCAAGUUAAUAGGAUGUGUUAUUGCCUGGUUUUUGGCGAAUGGCACUGGAAAUUUUUGAAGUAAGAAGAUGGGAUAAUUUUUUUUAUAACAAACAAGAUGUUUUAUCUCUUGUGGUUAAAUAGGUAUAUGAUGUUGAAGUUGGACUAAUACUAAUGGAUUUGUGAUUGUAUUGUACGUGGAUAUAUAUUUUUACACAUACGGGGCUGUUUUUUUUCCACAAAUGAUUUUAAGAACAUUUCAAAAUUUUAGGAUAUAUGUGGGUAUUGUAUCUGAAUUCACACAGCAGUGCACAUUAUAACAGUAUUCCACUGUUACAUUCAAUCACUUCUUAAAUAACUUAAAGAAAACUUAUAUCUUAUUAAUCCAUUCCAGCUACGUAUAACAUUGUUAUGUGACAUGCCUGUGCAAGUAGAUGGAGAACCUUGGAUACAACCUGCUGGACAGGUCAUAGUGCUUAGGUCUGCACUUAAG